GGCCUGGGACGCGCCGUCAGGCACGCGCCGGGCAGCCCCGCGCCGCCUCUGCCAGAAGAGUCGGCUUCCCCACGUGCCUUCGCUUCGCUGCCGGCCGGAACCCGCCGGGCUCGGGGCGCAGGCAUAGCCUGUCACCAUGCAUCGGAAGAAAGUGGAUAACCGGAUCCGGAUUCUCAUUGAGAAUGGGGUAGCCGAGCGGCAGAGAUCUCUCUUUGUUGUAGUGGGAGAUCGAGGAAAGGAUCAGGUGGUCAUACUCCAUCACAUGUUGUCUAAAGCAACUGUGAAGGCUCGGCCGUCAGUGCUGUGGUGUUAUAAGAAAGAGCUGGGGUUUAGCAGUCACCGGAAGAAGAGAAUGCGGCAGCUGCAGAAAAAAAUAAAGAAUGGGACGCUGAACUUAAAGCAGGAUGACCCCUUUGAGCUCUUCGUAGCAGCCACAAACAUUCGCUACUGCUACUACAACGAGACGCACAAGAUCCUGGGCAAUACCUUCGGCAUGUGUGUUCUCCAGGAUUUUGAAGCCUUAACUCCAAACUUGCUGGCCAGGACUGUAGAGACAGUGGAAGGCGGUGGGCUGGUGGUCAUCCUCCUGCGGACCAUGAAUUCACUCAAGCAGCUGUACACGAUGACUAUGGACGUGCAUUCAAGAUACAGGACUGAGGCCCAUCAGGAUGUGGUGGGAAGAUUUAAUGAGAGAUUUAUUCUCUCUCUGGCCUCUUGUAAGAAGUGUCUUGUCAUCGACGACCAGCUCAACAUCCUGCCCAUCUCCUCCCAUGCUGCCGGCAUUGAGGCCCUACCUCCCCAGACCCCGGAUGAGGGUGUUGGUCCUUCUGACCUGGAGCUGAAGGAGUUGAAGGAGAGCUUGCAGGACACCCAGCCUGUGGGUGUGUUGGUGGACUGCUGCAAGACCCUAGACCAGGCCAAGGCUGUCCUGAAAUUCAUCGAGGGGACCUCUGAAAAGACCCUGAGGAGUACUGUUGCGCUCACAGCCGCCCGAGGAAGGGGAAAAUCUGCAGCCCUGGGGUUGGCCAUUGCUGGGGCGGUGGCUUUUGGGUACUCCAAUAUCUUUGUGACCUCCCCAAGCCCUGAUAACCUCCACACACUGUUUGAAUUUGUAUUUAAAGGAUUUGAUGCUCUGCAGUAUCAGGAGCACCUGGACUAUGAGAUCGUUCAGUCUCUAAAUCCCGAAUUUCACAGAGCAGUGAUCAGAGUGCACGUCUUCCGAGAGCACCGGCAGACCAUCCAGUAUAUACAUCCUGCGGAUGCCGUGAAACUGGGCCAGGCCGAACUUGUCGUGAUUGAUGAAGCGGCUGCCAUCCCUCUGCCCCUGGUGAAGAGCCUCUUGGGCCCCUACCUUGUUUUCAUGGCGUCCACCAUCAACGGCUACGAGGGCACCGGCCGCUCCCUGUCCCUCAAGCUCAUUCAGCAGCUCCGUCAGCAGAGCGCCCAGAGCCAGGUCAGCACCACGGCUGAGAACAAGACCACAACGACAGCCAGACUGGCCUCAGCGCGAACGCUGCACGAGGUCUCCCUGCAGGAGUCUAUCCGCUAUGCCCCUGGCGACGCAGUGGAGCAGUGGCUGAAUGACUUGCUGUGCCUUGACUGCCUCAGCAUCCCUCGGAUCAUCUCGGGCUGCCCGUUGCCUGACGCCUGUGAGCUCUACUACGUGAAUAGAGACACUCUCUUUUGCUACCACAAGGCCUCUGAAGUUUUCCUUCAAAGGCUCAUGGCCCUCUACGUGGCUUCUCACUACAAGAACUCUCCCAAUGACCUCCAGAUGCUCUCUGAUGCACCCGCUCACCACCUCUUCUGCCUUCUGCCUCCCGUGCCCCCUACCCAGAAUGUCCUUCCUGAAGUGCUUGCUGUCAUCCAGGUGUGCCUUGAGGGGGAGAUUUCUCGCCAGUCCAUCUUGAACAGCCUGUCUCGAGGCAAGAAGGCUUCGGGGGAUCUGAUUCCGUGGACUGUGUCAGAGCAGUUCCAAGAUCCCGACUUCGGUGGCCUUUCGGGCGGAAGGGUUGUUCGCAUUGCUGUUCACCCAGAUUAUCAGGGGAUGGGCUAUGGUAGCCGAGCCCUACAGCUGCUGCAGAUGUACUACGAGGGCAGGUUCCCUUGUCUGGAGGAGAAGGUCCUCGAGACGUCACAAGGAAUUCACACCGUCAGCAGUGAGGCCGUCAGCUUGCUGGAAGAGGUCGUCACUCCCCGGAAGGACCUGCCUCCCUUACUCCUCAAACUGAACGAGAGGCCUGCUGAACACCUGGAUUACCUGGGUGUGUCCUAUGGCUUGACCCCCAGGCUCCUCAAGUUCUGGAAACGAGCUGGCUUUGUUCCUGUUUAUCUGAGGCAGACCCCGAAUGACCUGACUGGAGAACACUCGUGCAUCAUGCUGAAGAUGCUGGCUGACGAGGAUGAGGCCAACCAGGGAGCCUGGCUCGCUGCCUUUUGGAAAGAUUUCCGGAGGCGGUUCCUGGCCCUGCUGUCCUACCAGUUCAGCGCCUUCUCUCCUCCCCUGGCUCUGAACAUCAUUCAGAACAGGAGUGCCGGGAAGCCAGCGCAGCCCGCCCUGUGCCGCGAGGAGCUAGAGACGCUCUUUCUGCCCUAUGACCUGAAGAGGCUGGAGAUGUACUCGCGGAACAUGGUCGACUACCACCUCAUCAUGGACAUGAUCCCGGCCAUCGCGCGGAUGUACUUCCUGAACCAGCUGGGGGACCUGGCCCUGUCCGCUGCCCAGUCGGCUCUUCUCUUGGGGAUUGGUCUACAGCAUAAAUCUGUGGACCAGCUGGAAAAGGAGAUCGAGCUGCCCUCGGGCCAGCUGAUGGGGCUUUUCAACCGGAUUAUCCGCAAAGUCGUGAAGCUGUUUAAUGAAGUGCAGGAGAAGGCCAUUGAGGAGCAGAUGGUGAUGGUGAAGGAUGUGGUGAUGGAGCCCACAAUGAAGACCCUCAGUGACGAGCUGGAUGAAGCAGCAAAGGAGUUCCAGGAGAAACACAAGAAGGAGGUGGGGAAGCUGAAGGACAUGGACCUCUCUCAAUACAUAAUCCGUGGGGACGAUGAAGAGUGGAAUGAAGCUUUGAACAAAGCCGGGCAGAAUGCCUCCAUCAUCAGCCUGAAGAGUGACAAGAAAAGGAAGUUGGAAGCCAAACCAGAGCCCAAACAGAGCAAAAAGUUGAAGAAAAACAGAGAUGGGAAGAACAGGAAAGCCCUGAAACUGAAGCGGAAGCAGUGACUGGGAACGUGCAGGUCGGCGCUGGCUCUGAGCGCCGUGGCGGGACGGGGCGGCUGAGCCCAUCGCAGCCGGAAGCCGGCCAGGGAGUCGGGCUCGGGGCCGAGCUGGGCUUGGGGCCGAGGCGCCGCUGGACGGUCUGCCUGGACCGCGACGGCCGCAGACCGGCUCCUCCCCGCCAGGCCCGCCUCCCCCACAAGCUCCUGUUUGGCUGUGGGUCCAGGCUGUCGCGGCUCCUUCCACACACACUAGCCGCGCUGACUCUCGUCGCUUCUCAGGCGUCAAGUACCCAGCUUUCUGGGGAUGCUCAGGAGGCUGCUGGUGGAGCACUGGGGCCUCUCGUCGUGGACUUGUCCCGACACCGACACCCUGCUGCCUGGGGCAGAGGAGCCCUGGUCCACAGGUGGCCGUGGCAGGCCACUGUUCUGUGCGCUGGGUCUGCGCUGCCAUGACGGUCCACUCCCGGCUCCAGCAGCCUGCUGCCCAGUGUCCCUGAAAAACCGUGCUCUUAAUUUAGGAAGGCUGUGACAUCUGACUACCCCAAAGCUGUUAUUUCAUCAUUUGGGAAAAAUAUUGGGAAAGACCCUUUUGCUAGCAGGGAUGAGGGAGGGAUGCAGAAUCCAUUUUUAUUAAAUAAUGUCUCAGAAAGA